UCAGGUCCACAUUCAAAAUCAUGGCGAAGUAUCUAUUCCUUAUUUGCUUGACCUUACUUUCUAUCUCUACCCUAUCGAGCGCUCGGUGGGCAGGCCAAUAUCCGCCCACAUGUUUCCCUGAAGAUUGUGCGUCCGAUGAAGACAAAGUAUGCGAAGCGAAUUCACGAGAGGACGCAUAUCAGCAUUGUGACGAUCCCCAGUGUCCUCAAACUUUUGGUCACUUUCCCUGCCUCACGGGAGUGAGAACUUGUUGCGUACCCUCUCUUGGGUAAUUAACUAUUACCUUUUCUAUAAAGCGAGUGUUUGUUGUAUCCAAUAAAUUCGUAUAGCACUGUACAUCAGCGCAGUUUCUAAAAGGGAGAAAUUGUAAAAAUAAAAAAUGAAAAUAAAAAAAAUAGAAGUAAAGUCAUCACUCACAAUAAUGGUGCGGCAUUUACAAUAAAUAGAUGGUUACGUAUCAGUACCCUG